AUGCAGUCCAAAUUCUGGGCCGCAGGGGCUGAGUCCUCGGAGUCGGAGUAUACUUCAGAAAGCGAUGAUCAGGAGCAGGUGCAGGCGCAAAAGAAGGCGGUUGCACCGCCUUCUCGCUGGGCUGCAGCAGAAACAUCUUCGAGCGAUGAUGAAGGCCGCGUAGUUAAAAGCCUCAAAGAUCGCCGAUGGGGCGCUAUGAGGGAAGUCAUUCGUCAAAUGGAGAACCACAUGAAAAUUCUUGAUUUCGCGGAGCUAGGAAAAGACUAUGAAACUCUUUUAAAGAGCUACAGCAAAGCCCAUCAGGUUAUUGAACAAGAAGGCGUGCCGAACUUUUUUAUAAGAGCGUUGGUUGAGUUAGAAACGUUUAUAGAGGAGCGCAUGAAGGAUAAAGAGAGCUUUAAAAAACUGUCUAGGCCGAAAGCAUUAGCUCUAAAUACCUUAAGAGCAAAAAUAAGAAAAACUACAGAGCCGUGGGCGAACAGCAUCACAGACUGCAAAGAAAACCCUGAAAAAUUCGAAACGCAGUCCGAAGAAUCAGAUGAAGCUGAUUCGGACAGUGAUUUCAGUGAAGAUGAAAGCAGCGAAGAAAGUGAAGAAAGCGAAGAAAGCAGCGGAGAUUCGGAUGAAGACGACGAAAAAUUAAAGAAAAGCAAAGCAGAGGGCUCAGACGAAGACAGCGAAUGGUCAGACUCAGAAGCAGAUGAAGAAAGCCAAGGAGAAGAAGGAGAUCGUCAGAAAGAUGCAAUAGCGAAGUGGGGUGUAAGAGAAGAAGGCGAACGCAAAAGAAGCAAAUCAACAAAGAAGAAGAGCUCAUCUAAAGGAGCAGCAAAGACAGCAGCAAAAGAAGCAGCAGCAAGUACAGCAGAAGCAGGUUUUUCAAGCAAAGAUAUGGAGCAUCUCUUUGAUAGCACAGAUAUAAAUGAAGAAGUCAUCGCAAAAAGAGUACAGAUGGUUGUUGAAAGAAGAGGAAGAAGAGGCGUUGAUAGAAUGGAGCAGAUGAGAAUAUUAAAGAAACUAGCAGAGCUUGCAGAAACUGUUAGCCCUCAGUCUCAUUUAGAAGUCUUAGGACAUCUUAUAAGUGCAGAGUUUGAUACAACCUCGGGUGUAUUUACAAGUCUUCCGCUUCAUAUAUGGAUGGAGACAUUUGCUGCAGUUAAGCUGCUGCUUUCAAUUAUGCAGCAGCACAGCGGCGCUUACUUAGUACCUCUAGCAGGAUUAGCAGAUUCAUCUACACCUGAAGAAAUACAGCAAAUAUCGGCUUCAAUUCUAACAUCUUUUGUUGAAAGGCUUGAUGACGAUCUUAUGAAGUCGCUGCAAUCUACAGAUAUACACUCCGAUGAAUAUAAAGAAAGAUUAGGAAAAAGCAUUGAUAUUCUCGCUUUACUCUGGCGUACUUUCUGCUUCUUAGAUGAACGAGGAUUCAAAACACAGGCCGCCACAGUCGCACUUAAAGUUAAUGAGCAUAUGCAUUAUAAACCUGACGCAAUAGCGAUAAAGAUGUGGGAUGUGCUGCGCAAAGAACUGCCCGAAGAAUUAUGCGUUGAUUUGCCCGGCCCAAAUUUAGCCCCAACCGCCUUCAUCGAAAAACUCACGCGAUAUGUCUUCACACAUUACGAAGCCGGCAAAGAAAACCACUCUGAAGAAUAA